AUGGAUGACGAUUAUGGGAAUAGAAGUAGAGGAUUGCGACGUGUUGGUCGUCAUUAUUUACUACUUCUGUGGAAGAAUUUUAUUUUAGCAAAGCGUAUGCCUUUUCGAACAAUUCUUGAAAUACUAUUACCAGUAUUUUUUGGCUUUAUAUUACUCGGUAUUAGACAUAUUGUUAAAUCAGAAACAUAUGACGGCGAUACUAUUUUUCCACCAUUUUCCAUUGAUAAACUACCUCCAUUUGAGACACGGUCAAUAUCUAUGAUUGGUUAUGCAUCAAAUACAAGUUUUCCUACUGAAAUUAUGGUUAGAGCGGCUGCUAAACUUGGUCUAUAUGUACAAGCAUUUCAUGACGAAGAUGCAUUAGUAAAAGAAAUCAAUAAAGAUAUGCCACAAUCUAUAUAUAUUGGAGGAGUUGUAUUUACAAAUACAAGUUCAGAAUCUAAUAUUACAUAUAAAAUUCGUCUUGCAGCUAAAUUAAGAAAUUCUGGAUCAGGAGGUGUUUUUACUGGUGAAAACAAUUGGAGAACAAAUCUGCUGUAUCCUAUAUUACCUUUGGUUGGACCAAGAAAUCGAAAUAGUUCAACAGGAGGAACACCUGGUUAUUAUCGUGAAGGUUUUCUUGCAAUUCAACGAGCUGUUGAUAUGUCAAUUCUUGAAGAACUUAAUCCAACAUUUAAUUCAUCAAAUGUUAAUAUUAAACUUCAACGUUAUCCAUAUCCACCUUAUAAAGGCGAUAAUUUUGUAUUAGUUAUACAAAUUUGGUUUCCUUUUCUACUUGUUAUGUCAUAUAUAUUCGCAGCUAUUAAUACAGUUAAAAAUAUUGUUUAUGAAAAAGAAAAUGGAUUAAAAGUUGCUAUGACUAUUAUGGGUCUUAACAGCUGGAUUCAUUGGGCAUCAUGGUUUACACGAUCAUUAAUUUUUUUACUUAUAGCUGAUAUACUUAUAGCUGUCUGUUAUAUCGUUAAAGUUCCAUUAACAUCCGGUGGUUCUAGUUCAGUUAUAGGAGAAUCAGAUAUAACAUUAGUUUUCUUUUUCUUAUUUACAUAUUCAAUAACAUCAAUAUGUUUUAUGUUUUUAAUCAGUACACUUUUUGAUAAAGCAAAUAGUGCAGCUGCUGGUACUGGUGGUUUAUGGUUUCUUUCUUAUUUACCAUAUGCAUUUAUUCAACCACGUUACGAAACAAUGACAAGAGCAGCUAAAAUGGGUACAUGUCUUUUACAUAAUAUUGGGUUAUCACUUGGUGCUCAAUUAAUCGGCAUGUAUGAAGGAAAAGGUACCGGUCUUCAAUGGUCAAUGUUUAAUGAACCAGUAUCAGUUGAUGAUAAUUUUACAAUGCAAGAUGUCACUAUUAUGCUCUAUAUUGAUGCAGUUAUCUAUCUUCUUCUUGCUUUAUAUAUUGAAAAUAUUUGGCCUGGACAAUACGGAAUUCCAAAGAGUUUUUAUUAUCCAUUUCAAUUGAGUUAUUGGCGAGGAUAUACAACAUCAAAUGUUCAUGUAUCUGAUGAAUUCAUAGAUGAAGCUGAGAACAACAAUUCUGCUGCUUUUGAAAGCGAACCUGUUGACAAAGAAUUAGGUGUUCAACUCAAUAAUGUUUCUAAGACUUAUUCAUUUUUGUUAAACAAUCGUCCACAAGUUCAUGCAGUAAAAAAUCUAAGUAUGAGUAUAUAUCGUGGACAAUUAACAGCAUUACUUGGACAUAAUGGAGCAGGGAAAAGUACUACCAUUUCAAUGAUUACAGGUUUAAUUCCACCAACAUCUGGUCAAAUAAUUGUCAAUGGUUAUGAUAUUGCAACAUCAAUGGAUAAAGUCCGUGAUAUUCUUGGUUUAUGUCCACAAUAUAAUAUUCUUUUCGAUCAUCUUACUGUUCGAGAACAUUUGAAAUUAUUUGCAACACUCAAAGGACAUCCAUCGAAUGAUAUUAAAAACGAAAUUAAAAAAAUGGUUGAUGAUUUAAUGCUUAGUGAUAAACUAGAUACACUUUCAUCAGCUUUAUCUGGUGGAAUGAAACGAAAAUUAAGUGUUGGUAUUGCAUUAAUUGCCAAUUCAAAAGUUGUUAUUUUAGAUGAACCUACGAGUGGAAUGGAUCCAGCAGCUCGCCGAUCAACUUGGGAUAUGUUACAACGUUUUCGUAUGGAUCGAACUAUUCUAUUUACCACUCAUUUUAUGGAUGAAGCUGAUAUAUUAGGUGAUCGAAUUGCAAUUAUGGGUGAUGGUCGUGUUCGUUGUUGUGGUUCAUCAUUUUUCUUAAAAACGGAAUAUGGUAUUGGCUUUCAUUUAAUAUUAUCCAAAGAUGCAAGGUCAGAUGCAAAUGAUAUUUUGAGAUUGGUUCAAAAACAUAUUCCAGAAGCAAAAUUGGAAUCAGCAAUAAGUGCUGAAUGCAAAAUUUUAUUACCACAUGGUUCAUCAGCGAGAUUUCCUGCUUUGUUUGAAGAUUUAGAACAUCAUACAAAUGAUUUACAAAUUUUUAGUAUUGGAUUAUCCGAAACUUCAAUUGAAGAAGUUUUUAUGAAAAUUGUUGAAGAAGAUGAACCAGAUGAAAUUGUAACAACAAAUAGUUAUCAAUUAGAUAAUAAUGGUUAUGCUCAUAAUGAAAAUGAAAACACAAAUAUAGAAGUAUCUAUGCCAUUAGAUAAUAUACAUCAAAGUGUUUUUGAUACAGAAAUACAGAAAAAUACAGGUAUAACAUUAAUGUUUCAACAGUUUUAUGCCUUAUUACUCAAGCGUAUUACUAAUUCAAAGAGAAAUUAUCUUGUUUUAUUUUGUGCAUUAUUACCUGUCUUAUUUGUUAUUAUAUCAUUAAUAAUUGACCAACAAAUACCUGAACCAGGUGAUAGUCCACCAUUAUUAAUGUCUCUUAAUCGAUAUGAAUCAACAAAUGUACCUUAUAUAUACGAUCCAAAUCAAGCUCUAUCAACUGAUUUUAUUCGUUCAUAUGAAUAUCAACUUGAAGAAGCAUCUAAACUACCGACAUUAAUCGAUUUAACUUCCAAUACAACUCGACCAUGUCAUGAUGGUAAAACAACAGAUAUAAUAUCAUAUUUAGCUUGUAUUGGUAAACGUAGUAUACUUGAAUUAUCUGAUCGAUAUUUAAUUGGAGCAAAUGUUCAUGUCAAUUCUUCUGACAAUAUCAUUGGUGUAACUGGAUUAUUUAAUAAUCAACCAUAUCAUGUUCCAUCACUAAGUUUAAAUUAUAUAACAAACGCAAUAUUAAAACAAUAUUCAACAGCAUCAACAAUGAAUACAACUAUUCAUGUUGUUAAUCAUCCGUUACCACGUUCAUUAACAGAAACUAUAAGUGAUUUUCAAAGUCAACAAUUUUUUGGUUUUCGUAUGGCAUCAAGUAUUGUAUUUGGUUUGGGCUUUUUAAUGGCAGCAUAUGCUGUAUUUUUAAUUAAAGAAAGAGUUUCAAAAGCAAAACAUUUACAAUUUUUAAGUGGAGCUAAUGGAUUUAGUUUUUGGUUUAGUACUUUUAUAUGGGAUUUAUUUUAUUAUACUCUUGCAAUUCUAUUAAUAUUUAUUGUAUGGGCAAUUUUUUAUGCCGCAGGAGUAGCUAAAAAUGACCUUGCAGUUUACUUAACUAAUGAUCGACUUGGAUAUACUGUUAUGUUAUAUGUUUUAUAUGGCUUUUCACACAUUCCAAUGACUUAUCUGUUUACAUAUAUUUUUCAAAUUCCUGCUAGUGGUUUUGCUUGGAUUACAAUAAUUAAUAUAAUAACAAGUCAAGCAACACUUAUUGCUAUCGUCAUUCUUUCAAUUCCACAACUUGAAUUAUUAGAUGUAGCAAAUAUUCUUGAAUGGGUAUUUUUACUUUUAUUUCCAAAUUAUUGUCUUGCUCAAGGACUUAAUGAUAUGUAUCAAAAUUCUUUUCUUAUUCAACUUUGUGAGCCACUUGUUCCAUUAUGUCCUUUUAUACCAAAUCCAUGUUGUAAAGAUACUUGUGGUACGGAUUGUGUUUCUUGGACAACUAAUUAUUUAAGUUGGGAAAAACCCGGUAUUGGUCGUUUCUUAGUAUUUAUGGUUUUACAAUCUGUUGUUUCAUUUACUAUUCUUCUUUUGAUCGAUUAUCGAAUCCUACCAAAAAUAUGGUAUUUUAUUGGUCGUUGCUGUCGAUUUAAUAGUGUUCCUAAUAAUACAGAACAUAUUCCAAAUCACACUGUUUCAGGUCUUGUCAUAACAACAGAUAAUAUGCAAGUUGCACAUGAAGAUGAAGAUGUUAAAGAGGAAGCUGAACGUAUUCAAAAUACACAUUAUAAUGAAUUAAUGUUAACUGAUGUACUCGUAUUAAAUCAAGUUGAAAAAGUUUAUAAUGGAGUAUUUCAUGCUGUUGACCAAUUAUCAGUAGGAGUAAAAAAAAGUGAAUGUUUUGGAUUACUAGGUGUUAAUGGAGCUGGUAAAACAACAACAUUUAAAAUGAUAACUGGUGAUGAAACAAUUGAUGGUGGUACAAUAAUCCUAGAUUCAUUAAGUUUAACUGAAGAUAUGAGACGUGCUCAGCAACGUAUGGGUUAUUGUCCACAAUUUGAUGCUUUAAUUGAUUUAUUAACUGGUGAAGAAACACUUUAUAUGUUCGCUCGUUUACGUGGUGUUAAAGAAUUUUUAAUUCCUAACAUAGUAAAUUCAUUAAUUACAUUAAUGAGUUUAAGAAAACAUGCAAACAAACCAGUUUAUGCAUAUAGCGGAGGUAAUAAACGAAAAUUAUCUGCUGCAGUUGCACUUAUUGGUGAUCCAGCCAUUGUUUUUCUUGAUGAACCAACUACUGGUAUGGAUCCAAAAGCACGAAGACAUUUUUGGAAUGCUAUUGCACAAUUUCGUGAUCAUGGUAAACCAAUUAUAUUGACAAGUCAUUCAAUGGAAGAAUGUGAAGCAUUAUGUACACGUUUAGCAAUUAUGGUUAAUGGAAAAUUCAAAUGUUUAGGAAGUAUUCAACAUUUAAAAUCGAAAUUCGGCGCUGGCUAUACACUUAUGGCUAAAUUAAAUGUAUUCGAUGAAAAUAGUGUUACUGGAUUUUAUGCUGUCAUUCAAAAAUCAUUUCCAAAUAGUCAGUUGAAAGAAGCUUAUGAAGGUUUUGUACAUAUUCAUAUAAAUCAAGCUGAGCUAUCAUUGGCUGCACUUUUUCGCGUUAUUGAAUCAUGUAAAGAAACAUUUUCAAUUGAAAAUUAUACAGUUAGUCAAACUACAUUAGAACAAGUAUUUUUAAAUUUUGCUCGAAGUCAACUUGAUCCCGAUGAAUUACUACGUCGUAUGCGUACGGAAACUUCUUGGACGACUAACCUCUUUAAACGUCUGACGUGUUCUUCUUAA